CUAUUGGCGGGGCUGCGCCGUCGCUUGCUGUGCGAUCAGCAGCACCAAUACACGCCGCAUGGCAAAGAUGGCGUCCCAAUAGUAAAAGUUCUUGCGAUACCCGGCAUACAGGAAACCCACUCGCCGUCGAGUGUGGUGGUCCUGCAGGCCGUCUCUGUGUCGCCAUAGAAACGCCACGCCGCCAAUGACGGGGGCGAAUGUCCAGAGCAAUAGACCAGCCACGGCAAUCCAGAGGAAAGGGGCAUGCUCGGCCGACCGACAGAUGACGUGUGAGUCGAGGUCCAUUCGGGGACGCAUGUCAUCCAUCGGGUCAAUGGGCAGCAGGCUGACACUCUCGCCUGGCGCGAUAAAUAUAACACCGUCCACAUAGGGAUACCAUCGACACCGCAGGAGGGCCAGCAUGUUCUUGGUCACUGUGGGAUGAAGAAAGGUGAGGAUGACGACCAUCAUGGUGCCCCGGUUGUCGAGCCACUGCCGCCAUCGGCCGCUCUUGGGCGGCUCCGCUGACGAAUGCUGACAGGAGGGACGCGUCACUGGCUCGGUUCGGGAGUCAUUCUGGAAUGUGACCGUUCGCUGGUAAGGGCCGUGUGCGGCGGUGGCGUUGUCGGCUCUGCCAUCGGUUACGGACGGCGGUGUCGAGAGGGCUCGGAGGUGGGUGUCGGUGGCCAAUGGAGUUGAUUGGUCGCUGCCAAUGCGCCGUCUCGACUUGAAGGCAUGCCGCGCUUUGUCAAACCCGCUCGCUGCAGCCGUGACACGACAAGGUGGAAACCACCACAAUACGUCGCCCUCUAGGAUAUGUGUGUAUGGUUACCAAUGAGGGGCACAGCUGUAAGCCAAAUGAGUGGGAGCGCCAGCCACAUGGCAUGGCGAUAUAACACGCAUUCGUCGCCCACGUAAGGCCUCAGCACACACUCGCACACCUGUUCGAUUGGUGUCCGUGUGUUGUGUUGGUGUGCUGACUGUGAUGUGAUCCAUGGCUACCUGAUAGCUUUGCGCGAUGCCGCCAUCCCAGGCGAAGAACCUGCCGAGCAGCGACGAUAUCUGGUCGCCCCAGAUGGACGACUUGUCAAACGCGAGAAAGGCCAACCCGCACACCUGCACACACACCCCACCAGCAACAACAGAGAGGUGAUGAGAGGCGAGUGCACGUCUUUCUGCAUCUCGUAACGUACAGCGGUGAUGUGCGAGAGUCCGAUUUUGGUCAAUUGAGAGGGCACCUCAGCGCCCAGAGACGAAGCCGCCCUGCACACACACAGACACACACACAUACACACACACACACGCACACGCAACACGAAAAUCGAUCGACUUAAAAGUCUUGCGUGAGAGGUGGACCGUUCCGCGAGUGCUGUGAGUAUGAAGAUGGCCAUCAGAGUGGCAACCAGGAGGAGCACAUUGACAACCGCAAUCUGCCACAGCGGGGCACACUCGGUGCACGGCUGCUGGGGCGUCUGACGCGAGAAACCCGCCUUGCACCGAGAGCACACAAAACCCUCAUGCCCUUCCUGUGUGACACACAAACAAGGCAAGAACGAAAAAAUGGCGUUUCUCGGAGGGAUGCAAUUGGCUCUUACCGAGCAUAUGUUGAGGCCAUUUGUCUUGUUGGUGCCUAUACAGGCCGACGGCAACGGGCACGGCGUCACUAUCGGCAACGAGGUCAACCUAGCGCCAUAUCUGAGAGACACCAAGACCUCGCUCACUUGCCUGCUCGGCAGUCGCCUUUUGUCCUUACGUCGUCACUUCACGAGUGGCAUUGUGGGAUGAGCCAGCCGACUGCAGCUGGACAGUGAGCUGAAAGAAGCCCGGCAGCACGCUCGCAUUGUAGUUCACGGGAACGGAGCAGUCCAAUCCAGGCAAACAGUCCUGGCAGAUCCAGGCGAUGCGACUUCCAUCAGCGCCGCCUUUGCGCACGCCGAUAGACCCAGCCGUACACGGCUCGCACGGCUCCUCGCCGCGCUGGUGGCCAAGACGGCAAUAGCACGCAGGUGAGCCUUCCUCAGAACCUGCAUACACACGCGUAGACCAACAGUGUAAGUCGCAAGGGCUACUGGAAUGUGUUUGUUCCAUCUCUGACCUGCAUCAUCGGGGCAUUGUUUGCACGUUUGUGUGCCGAUUUCUCUGUUGCUGUAUGUGUCAGGGGGGCACUUGGUGCAGUUGAUGCCGGUGCCCUCGUAUCCGGGCAGGCACCGACACAGGGCAUCCGAGGCGAAGGUGUAGUCGACCUGUGCGAGCAGGGAGAACACUAGUGAGCACAGUGGGUACAAUCAGCACAUGUACUCGUUCUGUGUACUUGACCAUACGGAAUCUGACCUCAAGCCUGUUGUGUACCGAGCAGAACUCCGUGCAUUCGAACCGCUCCUCACCGUUCUCCAACGUCCGCACGACAUAUCCUGCACCAACCAUGUCCAACCACAUGCACUGAUGUGGACUGACGCACUGCAGUGGGUAUCUGCUCUCCGUGUGCUGUGACAAAGGGCCUACUGUACCCUGCGGGUCGGGCACCAGUGGCGUCACGCGUGGAUCGUCGUACGCAGUUAAUGAUGGGCACCGAAUGAAGCUUUGAUGCGCACCGCUUGACCGUCGCAGAUCAUUACACUUCUAAACCACAUACACCCCCCACAGACACCGAUAGAAACACACAUAUAUCGGCCACCAAUACAUAGGCUCUGCUCUUUUUCUCACCUCGAUGGGUGUAAGGCUGAUACACACAUCGGUCUGCUCACUUCUCAGGUCUGGAUUCUGUGUGAACCUCGCGUAGUCGGAUGAAGGCAGCCUAGAGUCGGGCCUUCCCACUCGUCUCAGUGAGUUGUUACGGAUGUCGACGUGGUACAGCGGGGACUCAAACGCUUGAAACGUAGCGAUGGCGGUGAUGUUGUUGUUGCUCAAAGAGAUUGAUCCCAGGUGACGAAAUGCUGUCACACUCUCUCUUUCGUCCAAGGAGUCACCCACCUGAGCAUACGCACAAAAGAGUGCUGGUUGUGCGUUUCUUUGUCUGGAUGUGGGAUCGGCAAUUACCUCUGCGGCGUGGCCAAGCAGUCUACGGGGGAAUGUCAAGAAGGCCUCACAACGCAUCGCGCCGUACAGAUCGCAAUUCGAUGCAUCCAGCACCACCAAACUAUCAGGAAUACGAAGACACAGCGCAGAAAGCAAAUGCCACAAAGCUAGCGAUCCUCACUUACUUGUUCUGCCAUUUGAGAGGCAUGAAGAACUCAGUCACGUCGACAUUGAUUGGGUUGUUUGACACGUCCAGCUCGUACAGACUGUCCCAGUCAGGUGGAUCCGACGACAGCAAAUUCAACAAACGUAUCCCGCCCGUAUCUAGAGUUUCGUCACACAAAUGCACACAAGAGAAUACAUACAAACUCCUGACUACCUGGCUGCCUGCCUGUCUGGAUGUAGUGUGUGUGUGUGUGUGUAUCAGAGCUCACCCAAGACACCCGGUUUUUUGCAGGCCCCUUCCGCUGUGGAACCCCACUUGGGCCACUGGCUGAUGUGAUUGUUGGCGAGGUAUAGCUUCUCCAAGUUGGGCAUUGAGUGAAAGCCCUCCGGCAGAGUGGUCAGAAGGUUGUCGCUCAGAUCCAAGGAACGCAAUCUAAGAGAGAUUAUCCCCCUAAAAUGUUCCUUUUGUGUGAGCAGGCGUGUUUCUCACUGACGAUUGUGGGAUGCUGCCGGUGACUCUCGUGAUGAGAUUAUGGUCGAGCCGGGCGUUCUCGAGUUUGGGGAAGACAGACAGGUCAACGGACCCAUUCAGACGAUUGUGGUCGACCUGUAACCAGUGAAGGCUCUCGUACCCACGGCCGCGAAGGCUGUGCUCCACAAAUCCGACCAGUCUGACGAUUCACAUGCCCAACCGUUACAUGCCCGCAGCACCUGUAUAGCGUACAGCACACCGGUUGUUAUCUGCGGUGAUUCUACUGAGGUUCUUGAAAGCCGAAAAGCCGACAGGCAGGUGACCUUCGAACUGAAACGAAAACCCCAACACACACGCUGACCAGUAGUUAUAGCAUGUCGGUCCUCACUAUUGGUCAUACCGAGUUGUUGCCAACCCACAGUCGCCUGAGGGACGUGAGGUCGCUGAGCGGCUCUAGUGUGCCGGCAAACUUGUUGCUGCCAAUAUCAAGAGACUCGAUCGACUUCAAGCCACUCAAUGAGGGCGGCAACUCACCCGAAAGCUACACACACAAGCACGGGAAGGCACAGUAACGAGUGCGGCGUUCCCAUACCAUACAUCUUUGCCGUCUGGUGAUACCGAGUUCUCGCCAAUCCACAGCUGCCUGAGCGACGUCAGGUUGCUGAGCGGAUCUAGUGUGCCGAUAAACUUAUUGUUGCGCAAAUUCAGAUACUCGAUCGACUUCCAGCCACUCAAAGUGUCCGGCAAGGCACCAGAUAGCUGCACGUGCAUGAAACACGGGAAGGCACAAUAACGCAGUUACAGCCCAUAUAUAUACCUGGUUGCCUUUAAGGCUCAAUUCGCGUAGAUUAACCAGUAGCCCUAGUUCAGAUGGGAUGGGGCCCGAAAGCUAAAGAACACGGGAAGGCACAAGACGUGAUUCAUCUGUAUGGCUUUCGACCUGGUUGACCCCAAGGUGCAAUUGGCGUAGGCGGACCAGUUGCCCUAGUUCUGAGGAAAUGGAGCCACUCAAGCCUGCCUCACGCAUGGCUAGUCGCGUCAGGCUUCGCGCAUCGCCCAGCGAAGACGGCAGUGGACCGGAAAACUGACAGCAAAGAGAGAAAUAGCCCGCAAACACACAUCUACGUGUGUGUUGGUUUUGGCCUACGUACGUUGUUUCUUGACACACCUAGCUUCUGUAGGCUGUCCAUCUUGGUACCCAGCCCGUCCGGCAGCGAGCCAAUGAAGUUGUUUUCAUAUAGAUCCAGCCUGCGCAGCUGGCUUAGUUGCACCAGUGACUGAGGAAGCUCCCCACUCAGCGAAUUACCCCGCAGGUUCAGCACCUGCAAGCGAGAGAGGUCGCCGAGAUCGUCAGGCAGAGAGCCAAGGAGGCCGAUGGAAUGGAGAUCUAGUCGGGUCAGGUUACGGCAAGACGUCACACCAGCCGGAAAGGGCCCCUCCAUCCGCUUGUUUCCCCAUAUGUUAAGGACCCGCAGGCGCCGAAGUCUGCCGAUGUCUUCGGGAAUGGGUCCAGAGAGGUCUGUCCUCGUAAGCUCAAGAGCCUCGAGGCGCGAGAGGUUGGUGAUGGAUGGCGGGAUGGGGCCGGUUGUUUUUGAAUUCAUGCUCCACAGGUACAGGCUCUUUAAAUACGGCAGCUCGCCAAUUGUAGCUGGAAGGGGCCCAUUCAUACCGUGCUGACAUAAUAAACAGCAUUGCAACAAGACUGUGCGUAAGUCAAUGUGCGCAUCAGUAUAUGUGGCUCACCACUUCAAACAGCACGAUAGCGCGAAGAGACGUCACUCUGGCGAUGUCAUCAGCCAAGCUUCCCUGCAUAGGCAGAUGAUAGGCGUAGAAGCAGACCACGUGACGCAGCCGAUAGAAAGCCUCCGAGAAGACGAAAGGCGCACCCCCCCGCUGUACCAAUAUCCCCGGUACAUCCGAUACCUCCAUCUCCUCAGGCGACCCUGUCAGAAAGAUGAUAUAGCCCUCCCGCGGGCCGCCAUCCGCCAGCGCCUCACUCAGCCGCACACACGUGAUGAAGGACACGACGCAUAGGUUGUACUCAAAGGCAGACUUGGUGUCGUUGUCCGCCAAUCCCGCCCCGUGAGACCACUCGAACAAAGCCGCUGCAUCCUCCUGACAUGAAUCGCACCGCACGAGCUCCUCCAUUUCGGUAUAGGGAAGGAUGUUGUCGCCUCGCAGCACACUGCCAUCUGAGCGCUCUACGUCAGCCGGGCGGAAGAGCCGGGAGAGUUGCAGGAGCCUCAGCCGUUUUGGGUCACGCCAGCCCGGAGGGAGGGGAUCCGACUCAUUGGCGGGCUAGAGGAUCCGCCGGAAGGGCGAGCAGGCCACGAGCGACCAUGAGAUGGCAAGAAGGACAGCGCACAGAGGAAUCAACCAUCGAUACCGUCUCAUCCCCUCGCAUCAAUAGAUGCCUUCGAUGGGGUGCGAUGAGGCAGUGCACUUGUGAGCCUCUCUGCUGUAGAUCUACUGUGCCAAUUCUUC